UUCUUUGGCGUCUCUUCCGAGUGGGGAAUCCUCUGGUUAAUCGCUGCCAUCCUGGCCUUGGCGGUGCCGAUUUCGAGACCCUCGGGAGGAGGACUCUCGCGGCUACUGAUUUCUCCCUGAGAGCGGCGUUCUGUGCGGGGAGACGUGUCGGAGUCCCUCGCUUGGCGCCCCGGUGCUCUCGGGCCUCAGCGGGGCGCGAUGGUUGGGAAUGGGGCUGGCCGGGGGUACAGGCAGGCUGUGGUGGUUCCCGACUCCGGAGGUCCAGUGUCUUCGCGGUGACCUCUCAAAAUGGUUCGCUAUUCACUUGACCCAGAAAACCCCACAAAAUCAUGCAAGUCGAGAGGUUCAAAUCUUCGUGUUCACUUUAAGAACACUCGUGAAACAGCCCAGGCCAUUAAGGGUAUGCAUAUCCGAAAGGCCACCAAGUAUCUGAAGGAUGUCACUUUAAAGAAGCAGUGUGUGCCGUUCCGUCGUUACAAUGGUGGAGUUGGUAGGUGUGCCCAGGCCAAACAGUGGGGCUGGACGCAGGGUCGGUGGCCCAAAAAGAGUGCUGAAUUUUUACUGCACAUGCUCAAAAAUGCAGAGAGUAAUGCUGAACUUAAGGGCUUAGAUGUAGAUUCUCUGGUCAUUGAGCAUAUCCAGGUGAACAAAGCCCCCAAGAUGCGGCGGAGGACAUACAGAGCUCAUGGUCGGAUCAACCCAUACAUGAGCUCUCCCUGCCACAUUGAGAUGAUCCUUACUGAAAAAGAACAGAUUGUUCCUAAACCAGAAGAGGAGGUUGCCCAGAAGAAAAAGAUAUCCCAGAAGAAAUUGAAGAAACAAAAACUUAUGGCCCGGGAAUAAAUGCUGCAAAAAAUAAAUGCAAAUAAAAGUAAAAGCAGAGUG